UUGACCUGUCAAAACUCUUUUCAGCAAAGGACGCGCUAGAAAGUGGGUGUAUGCUGAUUUCCUAACAUGCAGCCCUUCAGAUUUACACGUGAACUUCCAUUGGACAGCUCUAGUGAUACAACCGACAGCCAGUUGCAAGAGCUUCAAAUAUGUCACGACCAUGAUAAAUAUGGCAGCGAUGGUGAAUCAGUCGCUGAUGAUGAUGAUGAGUUUCUUGACGACAAUGAUUACGAUUGGUUUAAAAAGGCAGCAGAAGAAGACGAAAAACUCGUAAGUAAUCCAAAACUGCUUGACUACAUUUGUAACAACGACAAAAAGGAAAAGGAAGUAAAGAAAACUAACAGUUUCGAUCACGAAGGCACAGGGGUAGGGCAAGCCUAUCGCUCUCACAUAAGAAACUUAUUGUUUCCAGAAAAUCCAAGUUUUUUGGACUUCAUUUUAGGUGAAAUCCCUGAAGAAACAUCAACGACUUCUUCGAUUAUUGAUACUUCUGAUAAUGUUUCGGAUGAUUCUGAAACAAGUGCUAAUUCUUAAACUUCCCAUUACAAAAUUUUGUAUAAAAUGUUUUUAAAGAACUGUAAUCUUCAAUCAGAAAAUUGUUACGAAAACGAACAAUAAAAACCACUAUGACUUGAA